GGUGUGUGCUGUCCUGCUCCGGGGUUGAGCUCACUGACUGCUUCCUCAAAUCUGCAAAAUAAACACACCGGCUCUAUUUCAUUAACAGAACGAGACUCGGAAGCUAGCGAACAUCCGUAUUCUCUCUCGUGCUGUGAGCUAGCUAGCGGAAGAGUCAGUCUCAUCCGUAUAAAACAACGUCAAUUCUUAAACACGUUGCCGCCACACAGAUUUGGUCGACAUUCAGAAAGGAAGCAUAUUUGAUCCGUCAUCUAGCGGGAAGGAAACUGGGUUGAGCAGAGACUAAAAUGGAAAAGCACUCGGUUGGAGGAGGAGAUAGCCCUGCGCUGCCGGGAGUACCGAAUCGAAACAACCAGCCACGAACGCUGGCCAACUCUGGAUCGACACAGGCUAGCGUGGAGACAUUGGACAGUCCUACAGGUUCUCAUGUGGAGUGGUGUAAGCAGCUGAUAGCAGCCACCAUCUCCAGCCAGAUAUCAUCCAUAACCCCAGACACUGCAUCCAGAGACUUCAAGGUUGGGAGAAGGACAGAUCUCCCACGGGUGUCCAAGAGGCCUGUUCUCAGGGCUCUCAGAGACGGAACCAAGCAGGUCCAGAUGGACGAGGUUCCACUGGUUCCGGGAGAGACCAUCAAGGCUGUGGCCAAGGAUGUGAUGUACAUCUGUCCCUUCACUGGCUUGGUGACAGGAACCCUCACCAGCACUGACUAUAAACUAUACUUUAUCAGCUUGGAGAGGGAUACUCCCUUCAUCCUGGAUGUGAACCUGGGAGCGAUCAGUCGUCUCGAGACCAUCAGUGUCCAGAGUCAUGGAGAGAACACACAGGGCAUGGAGAUAGUCUGUAAGGACAUGCGUAGUCCCCGGUUUGCCUAUAAGAAGGAGGACGCCAGCCAACCAGAGAUAGUGGAGGUUCUAACAAAACACACCUUCCCCCUAUCAAAUGGCCUGCCCUUGUUUGCCUUCCUGUAUAAGGAGAAGUUUCUUGUGGACGGAUGGAAGGUGUACGAUCCCAUAUCUGAGUACAAGAGACAGGGUCUUCCCAACGAGAGUUGGGCCAUCAGUAAGAUGAACAGUAGUUAUGAGGUGUGUGACACCUACCCUGCCCUGCUGGUCAUCCCCACUAGCAUCAAGGACGACGACCUCAAACGAGUUGUGGCCUUCAGGGCCAGGCACCGCAUACCGGUAUUGUCAUGGAUCCACCCGGAGAGCCAGGCCACUAUAGUGCGUAGCAGUCAGCCUUUAGUUGGACCCUCUGACCGGCGCUGUAAGGAGGACGAAAGAUACCUCCAGACCAUCAUGGAUGCUAACGCACAGUCUCACAAACUCACCAUAUUUGACGCCCGACAGAGCAGCGUGGCAGACAACAACAAGGCUAAGGAUGGUGGUUAUGAGAGUGAGAGUUUCUAUCCCAACGUGGAACUCAACUUCCUGGAGAUCCCCAACAUCCACGUGAUGAGGGAGUCACUGAGGAAACUGAAAGAAGUGGUCUACCCUAGUACAGACGAGGCCCACUGGCACUCUGCAGUCGACCAGACACACUGGCUAGAGUACAUGCGGGUCCUCCUUGCGGGUGCAGUGCGUAUAGCUGACAAGCUGGAGUCUGGUAAAACCUCUGUGGUGGUCCACUGUAGUGAUGGGUGGGACCGGACAGCCCAGCUCACCUCUCUGGCCAUGCUGAUGCUUGACAGCCACUACCGCACCCUCAGGGGCUUCCAGGUACUGCUGGAGAAGGAGUGGAUCAGCUUCGGACACAAGUUCGCCGCGCGUGUGGGCCAUGGGGAUGAGAACCAUGCCAACUCGGAGAGAUCACCUCUCUUCAUCCAAUUUAUAGACUGUGUCUGGCAGAUGACCCGACAGUUCCCUGCAGCAUUUGAGUUCAAUGAGUUGUUCCUAAUCACCAUUCUGGACCACCUCUACAGCUGCCUCUUUGGUACGUUCCUCUACAACAGCGAACAGGAGAGAGUCGUCAAUGAAGUCCAGACCAAGACAGUCUCUUUAUGGUCCUACAUCAACAGUCAACCAGAGGACUUCACCAACCCGUUCUAUGUGGACUAUGAGCAUCACGUCCUGUACCCUCUGGCUAGUGUUCGACACCUGGAGCUGUGGACCGGGUAUUACGUGCGAUGGAACCCCCGUAUGAGGCCGCAGAUGCCAGUGCACCAGAACCUGAAGGAGUUGUUGUUCCUGAAAGCUGAGUUACAGAGGAAGGUUGAAGAGUUACAGAGAGAAGCAUCUUCAUCACACGGCUCUCUUUCCUCUUCAUCAGAACACACAUCAUCACCCUCACACAGCGGGGGAACGCCCCUACACACCACCGUCUGAAUACACACACACAUACCCCUACCAACACAUUUCUCUUUGUAUUCCUCUAUUUUUCCAAGUGUUUUUAUCAUAGAGACAAUAAGUACACACUUGUAACAAAGUUUUGUUCUUGGUUGUAUUCAAAUAAGAGAAAAGAUAUAGGGUAAUGUAAUUGUUGAAAGAAAUAUUACAGUAUUGAGAGAAAUGCACCAUAAUAUUUUGUUGAACGUUGAAAGUGUAAAUAUAAAUAGAUGUAACUAAUAUAUUUAUACCUACCAAAAGUAUACUCUUUAAGAAUGACAACAAUUUCUAAUUUAAUUGAAUUCAUGUUUCUAAACUAUCAAUAGCACUUCUCAACUGCCACAUUCCAGUAAGCAUGUAUUAUCAACUCAAUGGCAGCCUAUUCCCUAUAGGUCCCGGUCAAAAGUAGUGCACUAUGUCGGGAAUAGGGUGCCAUUUGGAGUGUAGACUGAAUAAAGAUCUCUAUCUCUCUGUACUAACUUAACCUGAUCCAGCUGUGCCAUAACUAUUCCUCUGUAAUAUAAUGUGCCCCCCCCCUCUUCCUGUCCGUCCAUUUAAUGUGCCCUGACUGGAGGUUUACCUUUUUGCGUAUGUUGUGUUCCUAUCAACACGUUCCAUUGAAAGUCUCUGUGCACAUGUUUUUUUUACGUCAUUUUUUUUCCUAUUCAAUGUGUGUUUCAUUUCUAUGCAAUGGUGAUAUCCAUAUGAUCUGUAUUAUAUCUUGUAUUCUUAUCUUUGCUAUUCCUUUGUGACUUUUGUUGUGCUGACUUUUCUUUCAUUGUGGUGACGCCAAAUCCUUAUUUUAGGUUACCAUUUGCACCGAGAUGCUCUCCUUGCCCUCUGCCGACGUUAAUCAAUGGUAAUGUGGUCUGAGCUCAUAUCCCCGUUGUGGCUUUGAAGACACACUGCAGCAAUACUGACAUCCUGUGAUACCCAUAUCCUUAUCCUUGAGGAUUAGAUCAAUAUCAUUUAAGUCUAACUAACCUUAAUGUCUUCGAUAUUGUGUAUGGUUCCUACUGUAUUAUGGUGGUUGUAGCUGUUUCCUGCGUCAUGUGAUGGUGAUAAACACUGUUUCCUGUG